AUGGCUAGCAAAUAUACAAACUGUCAAUUUUGUGAAGAAUCACCUGAUGCUAAAUGGCAUUGCCAGUCAUGUGAUCUUAAUCUUUGCGAUGUAUGCAAUCCAAAAAUUCAUACAAAGAUUGAAAAAUUAUCUGGACACACAGUUUUUCUUAUACAAGAUAAAGAUAUUAUUGAGGAUUUGGAAAAUUUAAGAAAAGUUGACUUGAAGGAAAUUACAUGUUCAAAACAUUCUAACCAUAAAAGUGUAACAUUCUGCUUAAAUUGCGAUAAAUCGUUAUGCUCGUCUUGUUUAAUCAAACCAUUUCAGUAUGAGGAAUUAAAUAAGGUCUACGAAGAAAGAUGUCUUUUUCUGAAAGAUUUGAAAUGUCAAAUUGACAAAUGUUACCCAUUUUUUGAAGAAAAAGCAACUGAUUUUAGAAAUAUGGACGAUGAAGUAGUCGCAAAGCACAACGAAAUAAAAAGGAAAAUUUCUUGUAGAAAGAAAGAAGUCAAAGAUUCAAUAUCAAAGGAAGCAUUAGACGUUUUAGAUGUUAUGGAAGGUAUAUGGGACACUGAUAACAAUCCAAUAGUCAUAGAACGCGAAAGACUAUCUCAGAUAGAACAAGAUUUAAAGACAAGAAAAAAUAGACUUGACAAAGCAUUAGAAACACGGGAUCCAGAUGCAGUUUUCUCUACUGUAGAAAACAUAAGUAGAGACAUACCAGAAAAAUCAGCGUUGGAAAUAAUACCUCCAGAUCUGAUUUACAUUGAGCCAAAAGUGAGCUUUAUGAAACAAGUCAUAGGUUUAGUAAUUAGAAUGCCCAAAGUUUUGUACCCUCAGACGUUUCAUGUUGAUUUCCCCGAUAUGAAUGGACUAAUAUCUCUAAAUGAUUACAUCUGUGUCAUGUAUAACACGGAUUCUCGCAGAUUUAAGUAUUUCACAAUAUCAGGUUCUAAAUUUAUAACUACAAAAGAAAUAAUUGAUGACAGUAUAAAUAAAAAUUCAGGAUUCUUUUUUUCGGCUUCCGUAAAAAUAUUAGGCGUUACCAACUAUAAUGGAGAAAUUGUACUGUCAGAUGACACAUUUCAAAUCAGACGGCUUAAAACUAAUGGAACAUUUGAGAAAUUAUCACCGUCGUUCACAACAGAUAAACUUAUGUUUUAUGGUAUUCAUGCUGCGAACAAUAAUGAAAUACUCGUGGGUUUUACUGUGAGCGGGUGA